AUGUCUGGUCCCGGUGUCGGUUUCGAAUAUCCCCGCCAGAAGGUGUCCUGGCUGAAGCGCGACCUGCUCCUGUUUGCCAACUCGAUUGGCGCAAAGGCCGACGAGCUUCACCUGCUUUAUGAGCUGCACCCCGACUUUGCCGCAUUCCCCACGUAUCCCAUCAUUCUCUCUUUCAAGGGCGCCACACAAGAAGUCAUCGACUUUUACGCCAGCAGCAAGGCCGUCAAGAUCCCCGGCAUCCCCGAGUUUGACUACCGCCGCGUCGUCGACGGCCAGCGCAAGAUGGAGUUUAUCAAGCCGCUGCCCACCACGUCGGCCGGCCGCAACUUUGAGACCCGGACCAAGGUCGUCGGCGUCUACGACAAGGGCAAGCCCGGCACCGUCCUCGAUGUCGAGACGGAGCUGGUCGACGCCGACAGCAACGAGGUCUACAGCCGCAUCCAUACGAGCUCCUUCUUCAUCGGCCAGGGCAACUGGGACGGCCCCAAGGGUCCCGCGACCAUCAGCUACCCGCCGCCCAAGGACAAGCAGCCUGACGCCGUCCUCCCCCACCAGACCACGACCGAGUCGGCCCUCCUCUACCGCCUGAACGGCGACUACAACCCCCUCCACGCCACCCCCGAGCCCGGCAAGAAGAUGGGUUUUGGCGGCGCCAUCAUGCACGGCCUGUACUCGUGGAACUCGACCUGCCUCGAGAUUGUCCGCUCCCUCGCCGGCAGUAACCCCGCCAACAUCAAGGAGUAUCAGGCUCGUUUCGCCAGCCCCGUCAAGCCCGGCGACAAGCUGGUCACCCAAGUCUGGAAGACGGGUGAGAAGAAGGGUGACUUUGAAGAGAUUCGAUUCGUGACCUCGGUUGAGGGUGGCAAGGUUUGCCUCAGCAACGGCCGCGCCCUGGUUAAGACUGUUGGCGCCCCUAAGGGUAAGCUUUGA